AUGAAGAGGAGGCUCCAGAAGAAAUACUUGCUUCUGAUCCUCGCCUACACGGGAUUGCUUCUGCUUAUCCCGUAUGUGUUCGACUUCGGGGAGCGCUCCCUGCAGCGCUCCAAGCACGGGCUCCUGCAGCAGCAGCAGUCUCGGUGCUCGGACCUGAAGAACGCCGUGGAUCUGCUGUGGGAGCACGGCUACAAAGUGGACGGCUCCAACGGUACGGAACCGCCGGAGCAUGGAUCGCCACGCACUCACAUCUAUCUGCACGCCACAUGGAGAACCGGCUCAUCGUUCCUGGGCGAGCUUUUCAACCAACACCCGGACGCUUUCUACCUGUACGAGCCCAUGUGGCACAUCUGGCAGGCCCUUUACCCGGGCGACGCGGGGAGCCUGCAGGGCGCCGUCCGCGACAUGUUGAGCUCGCUGUUCCGCUGCGACUUCUCAGUGCUCAAGCUGUACGCCGGGUCGCAGAACCUGACCACCGCCUUCAUCUUCGGCUGGAAGAUGAACAAGGUUGUGUGCUCCGAGCCACUGUGCGACGCCCACCAACGGCACCGCGUCGGCCUGGUGCAAGAGGACCGAUGCGCCAAGUGCCCCAAGCGGGAUAUCCGCGAGCUGGAGCGGGAGUGCAAGAAGUACCCGGUGGUGGUGAUCAAGGGGGUACGCGUGCUGGAUCUUGGGACCCUCGUGCCCCUCAUGAAGGAUCCGGAUAUCAAGCUGCAGAUCGUGCAGCUAUUCCGGGAUCCGAGAGCCGUGCACAACUCUAGACUCAAGUCCAAGCAGGCCCUUGUCAAGGAGAGCAUCCAGGUGCUGCGCAGCAAGAAGCACAACGACAAAUACAAGCGCCUGCUGGUACCCAACAACCGCCUGAACCGUGCUGAGAACUACGUAUCCAGCGCCAUGGAGGUCAUCUGCGACAAUUGGUUGGGGGACAUGAUGCUGGUGACCAACGCGCCGCCGUGGGUGCGGCGCAGCUACCACCGCGUCCGCUACGAGGACCUGGUGCUACAGCCGGCCCAGGAGCUGCAGAAGCUUUACCGUUUCGCCAACCUGACCGCGUCGCCAGCGCUGGAGAGCUUCGCGCUCAACAUGACACACGGCCGUGGCUACUCGUCCGACCGACCCUUCCUCAUCUCGUCCAGAGACGCCAAGGAGGCGAUCUACGCGUGGAGGGAGAGGCUCAGCGUGGAGCAGAUCGAGCAGGUGGAGGCCUACUGCAACGAGGUCAUGAGGCAGCUAGGCUACCCUAAGCACGGCGUUGACAAAAACGCAUGA